UGACCUAGAUUCUAGGAACCAAUAUGUGACCCCAUCUCCAAGCACAGCCAUAACAACCACGGUAACCAUGGCGCCUGAGGAGAAUCCAUCCCAGAAUCCCUUGUGGUGAUGAGGAAGAUGGAGGACAUGGCCAACAGCUGUCCGGCCAUGCUGGGAGUUGUAGUAUUGCAACAGCUGGGGGUCCACAGUCUGGAGACCACUGACCUAGAUUCUAGGAACCAAUAUGUGACCCCAUCGCCAAGCACAGCCAUAACAACCACGGUAACCAUGGCGCCUGAGGAGAAUCCAUCCCAGAAUCCCUUGUGGUGAUGAGGAAGAUGGAGGACAUGGUCGACCGACUCAGCAAGACUUGGAUGAAAAGAGAGUUUCCUCACCAAAUUAAUGAAGAUAUGUAGCUGAAGGCGGUGCCGUGCUGGGACUUGUAGUCCUCCUCGAGCUAAGAAGGAGGUGAUCUCCCCCUGUCUGUCUCCAGUCAUCAUGGCUGCUGAUGGCUCCGAGCGAGAGGAGGAUGGAGGGCAGGAGAAUGUGUCCAGCGGGAACGUCCUGGAACUGUUCACCGAGAGUAAAGAGACCCGAGAACUGAUCCUCAGCCUGCGGGAUGUGUGUGAGGAGAUGGUCAGCAGGGAGGUCUGUAUCCAGAGGAUUAUAGUGAUCAUGGACACCUAUCAGGAGCAGCCUCACCUCUUGGAUCCACAUCUCGAGUGGAUGCUGGAUCUCUUACUGCAAAUUGUACGAGACAAAUCCUCUCCGCCCGUUCUUAUGCAUCUCGGCUUCAAGUUCCUCUAUAUCAUUUCCAAGGUUCGGGGAUAUAAGAUUUUCCUCCGCCUCUUCCCACAUGAGGUUGUGGAUGUGCGGCCGGUGCUGGAAAUGAUCUCCAUACAGAACCCUACAGAUCACGAGACCUGGGAGACACGUUACAUGCUGCUCCUGUGGUUGUCGAUGACGUGUCUCAUACCCUUUGACCUCUCACGUCUGGAUGGUAAUCUCUCUUCAGAGGGUACAGAAGGCGCACAGAUCCGUCGCUCUACCAUGGAUCACAUCCUGGACGUGGCCAAGUCCUAUCUCCUGGUCAGUGAUAAAGCUCGGGAUGCGGCCGCCGUCCUUGUAUCCAAGUUCAUCACCCGGCCGGAUGUCAAACAGAAGCGGAUGGCAGAUUUCUUAGACUGGGCUCUUUCUACAUUAUCCAAGGCGUCUUAUCUGACCAUCGAAGGGACGAUCGCCAUGGACGGGAUCCUGAAGGCCUUAGCCCAGCUUUUCAAGCACGGAAAAAGAGAAGACUGCCUGCCCUACGCCGCAACCGUUCUGAACGCCCUGGAUAACUGCAAGCUCUGCGACAGCAACCAGACCGUGCUCCGCAAGCUGGGGGUCAAGCUGGUCCAGCGCCUGGGGCUCAUCUUCCUCAAACCCAAGACGGCCGCGUGGAGGUAUCAGCGCGGAUCGCGGUCUUUGGCGGACAAUCUACUUCAGACUCUCAGCAGCAGCAGUCCGGGUUCAACCGCAGCCGCGUCCCCCAGCGAUGCCGAGGAGGAGUAUGAUAUCCCGGAGGAGAUUGAGAACGUGAUCGAGCAGUUGCUGGUCGGGCUGAAGGACAAAGACACCAUUGUGCGAUGGUCUGCAGCGAAAGGUAUUGGACGGUUGACAGGAAGACUCCCCCGAGAGCUGGCUGAUGAUGUGGUGGGCUCCAUGCUGGACUGCUUUAGUUUCCAGGAGACGAAUAACGCUUGGCACGGGGGCUGCCUGGCGCUGGCAGAGCUGGGUAGGAGGGGACUGCUGCUGCCUUCUCGCCUCCCGAACGUGGUCCCGCUCAUCCUGAAGGCUCUGGUGUACGAUGAGAAGCGUGGCGCGUGCAGCGUGGGCUCCAACGUGCGAGACGCCGCCUGUUACGUGUGCUGGGCCUUCGCCCGGGCCUACGACCCCCUGAUGAUGAAACCCUAUGUAAACAACAUUGCGUGCGGGCUAAUCAUUGCCGCCAUCUUUGAUCGCGACGUGAACUGCAGACGGGCCGCAUCGGCGGCGUUCCAGGAGAAUGUGGGGAGACAGGGCACUUUCCCACACGGCAUCGAAAUCCUGACCACCGCGGACUACUUUGCAGUCGGUAACAGAGUGAAUUGCUUCCUAAACAUCAGCGUCUUUGUCACCGCUUUCCCAGAAUACACCACGGCCAUGAUCGAUCACCUGGUGGAGAUGAAGAUCAAUCACUGGGACAUUGUGAUCCGUGAACUCUCCACCAAAGCCCUGCACAACCUCACGCCAGUCGCCCCCGAAUACAUGACCAAGUCUGUUUUACCACGUCUCCUCCCACUGACCACCGACACGGAUCUGCACACACGGCACGGCGCCAUCUUGGCCUGCGCAGAAAUCACCCAUGCACUGUCUAAGCUGGCCGUCCGGAACAACGGGUCUGUUGCCGAUUACCUGGACAGUGAUGUAAUAUCGGGAUUAAUAUCUAUACAUCAAAGGCUCCAUGAGCGCCAGUUAUACAGGUGAGACAAUACUGAUCAUUAGGAGGGGAGGCACAUGAUUCAGGGCACUGCUAUGUGGUGU